GUGCGCGAAAUGGUGUUAUUUUGGGCGAUUCAGGAUAUGCCCUCAAGAGGUAUCUUAUGGUUCCUUAUUUGACCCCCAGUACCAGAGCGCAGGAGAAGUUUAAUACUUCCUUAUGUCGCACGAGAGUGGUUAUUGAACAAGCGUUUGGGAUUCUAAAGAGGAGGUUUCCUUGUCUACAGACAGGUUUACGGUUGGAGCCCGACAGAGCAUGCGCCGUCAUAGUAGCCUGCACAGUUCUUCACAAUCUUGGGAUAGAGAGACAAGACAUUGUAGAUGUGAUACCAGCUGCUCAAUGUCAACUGAUCGACGAGGUGGCGCUGCCUGCAGUAGGAGGGCAACAAGAAGGAAAUCAUGUUAGAGAUCACAUUGCCAAUGUGUUUUUUGGCCAUUGA